AUGUCACUUACUUUCAUUCCUCCGAAAAUCACUGAAGGGGAGAAGAUAGUAGAAUUAGUGCAAGAGGAUGUAGUGUGUGAGACAUUGAAAUGGAAAGCAGCUACUGUAGUGUACAUGGUACUGGAUCCCCAACAUUUGGGGGCAAUGGAGAGAUUCAUUAUGGCACAGGGUGAUUUAGAGAACAAGCCUAAAGUAUACUACCAUAAUGAUGGAUAUUUCGUGGUGAGGUUUGCUAAGGAAGAAGAGAGGGAUAUGGUAAUGUGUGUUGGGCCUCAUAUGCUCAACAACAGAACAGUGAUCAUAAAACCAUGGACUGGGGAUUUUAACUUUCAUUAUGAGAUUCUCACAGUAAUUCCUCUAUGGAUUAAAUUGCCAAACUUACCUUUGAAUUGCUGGGGAUACACUGCUCUAAGUAAAAUAGGUAGUGCCUUGGGAAGACCUCUGUAUGCAGAUGCCUGUACUACUUUGAAUAGUCGAAUCACGUUUGCGAGAAUACUAAUGGAGAUGGAAAUAACAAGACCCUUACUUGAUAAAAUUAAAGUCCAAGACCCUAAAGGGAAGGUAUAUGAUCAAAGGGUAUGGUAUGACUGGAAACCAAGCUACUGCUCAACAUGCUUGCAAGUAGGCCAUGAUUGUGCAAUGAAGCAAAACCACAAACAACCAGUUGAACCAAAAAAUGAUCCUCCACCAGAACCAAAAGAAAAACCAAAGGCCAUAUACCACAAACAGAGACGAGUGGAAACCACAUGGAAAUAA